GAAUGGGCCGGAAUUACCGGAUCAAUGCCGAUGAGUAAAUUACCAGGUAUCUAAUCCGUACCCAAGGUAGACAGCCCGUUCGGCAGACCCACCCGGGACGAUUUUUAUAUCGGCAUCUUGGACCGGGAAGGCAAAGGCGUAUACUUACCCGAUAUAUAUACGAGGUAGUUACCAUGUGCAUGUAGGUAAGGGCUUUUCCCAUAUUAAAUGUGAGCUACACAAUUAGAACCGGAUAUAACGACUGCAUGCUUUACUCUACAAUAGAGAUCACUAGAUCAACCAACUUCAUUUAUAUCAUUUUCGAGAACCGAAACUAUAUAUCCAAAUUCGCAUCCAAGGUGAUAAUAAUAUAAUUAACCCCAAGCCCAAUCUCGCCAUGCCUACCACCUCAACCCUCCACGACCGACUCGACGCCCUCUACACCGCAUGGGCCAACCUCACCCCCUCCUCACCCCCAGCCGACUUCGACAAAUUCGCCGCCUUCUUCGACGACGACUGCCGCGCCUGGCUACUAAGCAUGCGCGAGCUCAGGACGCCCAGCAUCGGCCGCAAGGGCGUCGUCGACGGCGUCAAAGAAGUUCUCAAGGACCAGCGCAUCGAGGAGCGGCGCGUAGUCGAUCGGUUCGAAAGCGCGGACGGGUCCAAGAUCUCGGUGGAGAUGAAUAAUCGGCUCGUGGUGCACGGCAGGGAGUUGGAUCCGUUCCCGGAGACGGCUACGGCGGUGUUUAAUGAGAAGGGUCUUAUUACGGACUUUAAGGUGUAUUGUUGUCGGAGCCCUAUUGUGGAGAUUGUGCAAGAUGUUACUGGCGAGGGUCCUUAUAAGUGCCACCCGGUUGACAACUAAGUUUGUUAGGUUAAAUGAUAGAUGGGAGUACGGAUAUAAGAUAGACAAGCCGUGGACUGUUGUAAUAUAUGUGUGUUAUCGCUGGCUAGAGAGAGCUGCUGGAUACGAGCUGAUAAUAAUAUCGUGAAGACCUGAUGGAAUGAUGGAAUUGCCCUCUCGUAACGUCUAAUUUUACACAACUUCAAGCUAAGACUUAAGAGCAAAACAUAUUCAAACCGUCCCCAU